AUGAGUUCUCCCCUCGCCUCGGAGUUGACUGAGUUGGCGGCGCCGCGCCCGGGCUUCCGGCUUUCGGCGCCCCACGCGCUCGCUGCUCGCGGGGCUGCAGCCCACGCCCGCGGCCCGGGCUUUGCCCGCCGCGCCGGGGAGCCGAGGCUCCAGAGCUCCUGUCCCGGCUCCAGUCCGGGAAAAAGGAGGGCUGUCCCCUGGCCGAGGCGCACGGCCGCGCGCUUUUCCCGCACUCUCCGCGGCCGGAUCUGUCUCUCCAUGGCGUCUCAUCAGCAAUCCCGGAUCCAGGCUUACCUGGAGAAGAACAAGAUCGGUCCCCUGUUUGAGGAAUUAAUGACCAAAUUAAUAACUGAAACACCUGACCAGCCAAUCCCAUUUCUCAUUGACCAUCUUCAGUCUAAACAAGGAAACCGCGGACAACUUCAAAGAACUUUAUCUGGAUCUGCAGCUCUCUGGGCAGAAAGUGAAACAUCAGAACAUAAAGGAACAAGAAGGGAUUUCAGAAGUUAUGAUAAGCCUUGGCAAUUAAAUGCAAAGAAGCCUAAAAAGUCAAAAAGUGACCUUGCUAUGUCUAACAUUUCUCCACCAUCACCAGAAUCCAAAUCAUUGCCAAGGUCAGUAGAUCAUCCUAAGUGGAACUGGCGAAUUAAACCAGAAAGCCGUGAUUUUGAUGAAUUGAACCACAUCCUUCAAGAGAGCAAGAAGCUGGGAAAAGCCCUUGAGAAUCUCUCUCGAAGUAUUGCAAUUUCAGAUGAACUCGAUAAGGAAACAGUGGCGUUUAAUUCUUCUCUUCUGAGACCCCGUGUGAUUGGAGAAUGGAUUGGUCGAGAAGAGAAUGAUGCUGACCCACUAGCCGCUGAAAUGCUACAGCCCCCAGUUCCAAGAAGUAAAAAUGAACAAUGGGAAAAUGAAGAUAAUAGCUCUAGCCCUGCAGGAAGCUUAAAGGUGGAGCCCAAGACUAAAGGAUUAAAACAACAGCAACAACAACAUAAGAAACUUCUGGCAGCAAUGCUCUCUCAAGAUUCUUUUGAGUCUCUCCACAGCCCUACCCCAUCUGUAACAGAAGAAGAUAUUGAUAAUGAAGAUGAUGCAAUGGAAUUGCUGGAGGAUCUUGAUGAUUUAAGAAUGGAGGGAGUAACUACCCUUGUACCUUCUGGGAGCAAAUUUAACCAAGGUCGUGCUACUCACCCUGCUGAACCUCAGGCCAAGGUCACACUGAACAUCUGUUCAAGGUGUGCCAGGCUUCAAGGAGACAACCUGGCAGAAAGGAUGGAGGAAACUUCACAAGCACUUCAUUCUCCAGAUGAAAUACCAGAUUCUUUGGAUUCUUUACCCGGGACUGAAGAAGCACUAAUGGAAGAGGGUGAAGAAUUUGAGAAAGCAUCUAAAUUAAUAGGACCUGGAGAAGCCUCCAGUGGAGGACAGUCACUGAAAAACUACAUGGAAGAAGAUGAAUCUUUAAAGCAAUUGCAAGUAGUUCAUCAGCCAUGGAUCUUGCCAAGUGACACAGAAAGUGAAGGAGUAGAAGCAGAACAAGAUAAACGUUCUGCUGAUCUUCUCCUUUGUGUUCCAUGCUCUUCUUGUCCUACCCUGGUCUACUCUGGUCUGUGAAGCAGGCAGAAGUUGCAGGUGGUCCUUAAAGAAAUUGCAAUUAUUCAAAUCCUUAUGUAUAGUUCUAAUUUUAUUUACUAUGUGUCAUCAUUUAGAGAAUGGUUAUUUUUAUAAUAUCAAUAAUAAACAAGUACUCUUGUAACCAGGGGGUGCCUAAAUGUGUAAUCAGAGAACACUAACCCUGGCAAAGGAUUCUGGGGUGGUCAGGAUGUCUGCUGCCUUUUGACAUGGUUAGUGUCCUGGGUUUAGAUUACUUUAUACCUAGUUAUUAGGAUUACUAUUUGAUACAUUAAAUAUUGCCUGAUUCAAA